AUGAUCAAGACGAUCCUUCUCAUCAUCGUCACAAUCUUCCUCCCACCUGUGGGUGUCUUCGCCGUCGCAGGCUGCGGUGCUGACCUACUCAUCAACCUUCUCCUAACAAUCCUUGGGUACAUCCCUGGCCACAUCCACGCCUUCUACAUCGAAUACGUGUACUACAAGCGCCGCGACGAGAUCCGCGCUGGCACCUACGAUGGCACUCGUGCGCCGGGUGUGUACAGCCAGAAAGUGCAAAACGGCGGGACCAAGGGUGUCGCGGUGCGGUCUGCGCCGGUAGCUGGGGAUGUCCCGCCGGCGCAGCAGGGAUAUGGGACCGCCACCGUCUAG